GAUAUCAGAGAGGAUAAUAAAACGGAAGUCCGGAAGGCGAUAACAAGCACGGUAAUAAUCAGUUAAAUGAAGACCACAUUUGCAAGUAAAGGUAAAGCGAGAGAAGUUGUUGUUGAGGAUAUUCCGUCAUCAUCCGACAUGGCUAGUGAAGUCGAAGCCAUCACGAAGGGCACUGAGAAUUUAUCGAUUCAGGAGAAGUGUAAGCGAGGAGAAGAUGCACCCGCGGGUGAUAGCCUGCUUGUGGUAACACCAGCGAAGCGUUUAAGUAAACGUGCAGGGAUUCGCCCUGUACGCCUCUCCGAUCAUUUGGAGCGGACUAGAACGAGGAUUGCGGUCCGACACGUCACAAGGGGCGUCGCCUCUAAAGCGCUUACUGUGGUGAAGGCACCUGCCAGGGACACCAUCAUGGAACGCAUGAUUUUCCUUGAUAACACCAAGAGAGAGUUAUCGAAGAUGGAUUACGAUACACUGCGGAUGAUCUGCAGAGACGAAGGAGUGAACUACGAGACGAAGGUUCAAACAAUUUUCGAUAUUGCCGACCGGCGAGCACAAUUGCGCUUUGGGGAACUGGUACUAGAUUUCGGAGUUUUUGGGAACUUGGAGGACGAAGCUGCGCAGUCGAGUCAGGAUGAGGCGGAUGACAGGGCACAGGCCUGAAUUGGCCUCACUAUGGAUCAUUGGAUCAUAGUGUCUAAUGUCAUCAUGUCAUUUCGGCUUUAGAUCGA